GUGGACACCACACGUCUCCUCUUCGCCGCUCUCAGAGUUUCAAGUUGGAAUAUUCCGGCGACUACGCACAUCCUCAACUCAGGGAAAUAUGGACUUUUGGUUUAAGGGAAUUAAAGAGGACACAUCUGACUGCUCUUUUGAUGAGAAAGAUAUUCAGAGGUGUCCAUUUCUGAGGAACAUCAACAAACCCACUAACUUUUCAUUCUCAUCAGUGAAUUUCCCUUUUCCUGUACGUGGAGCUAGAGGUCCAAUAUUUGAAGAUGGUCCAAAUUUUGAUAUGGCAUUUAAGCUUUUUCAUGGGAAGGAUGGCAUUGUGCCUCUCUCAGAGGAGUCUGAUUUUCAUUGUAGAAGCCCAGUACCAGAGCCAACACCGCAGUUUAAUCCCUUGGCAAAAACAGCAACCAUUAGUCUGUCAACUUUUGGUCUGGGGGGACCAUUCAGCUUUGGUCCAUUUGACAACUGGAAGAACCAGAAGAACCAGAAAAAGAAAUCCAAUCCAUCUAACAAGCAAGAUUCCUCAUCUCAGAAGGGAAAUUCAUCAACGCAUGAGGCAUUUGGAAAGGAGUGGUUAGAAGCAGGGAAUUGCCCUAUUGCUAAGUCUUAUAGAGCUGUAAGUCGUGUCCUUCCUCUUGUGGCAACAGCCUUUCAGCCACCAGCUGGAUUGAAGCUUAGAUGCCCACCAGCAGUAGUUGCUGCAAGGGCAGCCCUAGCUCGAACUGCCCUUGUUAAAGGCCUACGUCCUCAGCCACUACCUGCAAAGAUGCUUGUCAUUGCUCUUUUAGGCAUGGCAGUAAAUAUUCCUUUGGGUGUUUGGAAAGAGCACACAAAGAAGUUUUCAUUAUCAUGGUUUGCGGCAGUGCACGCAGCCGUUCCCUUCAUAGCAAUGCUUAGGAAAUCUGUCGUGAUGCCAAAAACAGCAAUGGCAUUGACCAUUGGGGCAUCAAUCCUGGGGCAGGUUAUCGGAUCAAGAGCUGAGAGGCACCGUUUGAAGGCAGUUGCUGAAAGGGAAAAGGUUGCAGGACAAGCGGCAAUUGUUGCUGCCAUGACAGCAUAUGCUGAUCCAAGCCUGAACAAUUGCAUCAGCGGUGGUCAUUGUGGUGAAGGAGGAGCGAUGUGGGAUCCCCUGCCAAACAAGGUUUGUAAACCCACCCCAUCAGCCAAUGUGUGUUACUGACGUACCAAGGUAUGAGUAAUGGAUUGAAAUUAAAAUAAUGCUAUCACUACUGUGGAUGGCAGCAGCAUUUGAAACUAGACAGAUGCGUAUGGCAUUAUAGUAUUUAAGGUUUAUGUAAUGGAACGAGGUGGAAAUCUAUUAAAAAUAAAUGUACCAU